AUGGGCAGUGAGGAUGAUCGCCAUGGGGAAUUGACAGUCGACCAGGAGUUCAAGGUUGACGACCAUCAUCAAUCGGUCGCUCCGAACCUUGGUAUGGGUGAUGAGCUGGCUCAUCACGAUAGUAGUAGUGCGGACCCGCAAGAUCCCCUGAAUUGGCCAUUAUGGCUCAAGACUGACGACGUCGAGAUCACAAUACUUGUGCAAACGUCGCUCCUCGCAGCCAUAGGCGGCCUGAACACCGCCACAAUCAACCCUGCGUACGGGCUACUUGCUGAACAAUUCGGUAUCAGCACCGUCAGAGCAUCGUACCAGACCACAGUCUGCAUUGCGCUCAAUGGGGUCGCUCCCUGGGUCUGGAUACCGCUGUCCAACAAAUAUGGCAGACGGCCAGUCUACCUUGGGACGACCUUCCUCGGAUUCGCCUCCGCGCUGGGGUGCUCAUAUGCCCGGUCUUACGGACAGUUGAUCGUGGCGAGAGUCUUCAAUGGCUUCUUCCCGGUUGCCUUCGCCCUGGGAGCGGCCACUAUCACGGACCUCUUCUCCUACGACCAGAGAGGCAGAGCCAUGGGCUUCUUCACCGUCACCAUGACCACGGGCAGUCAUCUGGCGCCCAUUGUCGGUGGACUGCUGGGGCAUUAUUGUGGAUGGCGAUGGAUCUUCAAAUUCGUCUCCAUCGUCGACGCGGUGAUGUUCGUCACGGCUUUUUUCUUCCUUCCUGAAACUCUCUACAUCAGAGACGCACAGGCAGAGGUGUCUAACUCUAACUCUUCUUGCGGAGGCGGACGCCAGCCAGGUCGUCCACAAUAUACAAUUUUCACCCGAUCGGCCUACCUCCGGCAUCUUCGACUGUAUUCGAAAUUUCCUCAACUGUCCCUGCGGCCAGGCCAAUUCGUCAUCCCGGCUCUGAAGAUGGCCAAGUACCCAUCCGUUCUGUUUCCCGCACUCUACUACGGAACCAUGUACGGCUUCGCCUCGAUUCUUCCCGCGGUGACGGUGGCGGCGAUAUUUACCCGAUUCUUCCACUGGGAAACACUGGCCAUCGGACUCACGUACGGCGCUUCUCUCACGAUCGGUAGCAUCCUCGGCGAAUGCGUGUCCGGCUGGGUCGUGGACCACAUCGUGAAGCGUGAGCGGAAACGGCUCCUCGGCCGGGACCCGGAACCGGAAGUCCGACUGAAGGCCAUCUGGAUGGGCGAAGUCGUCGUACCUGCUGGCCUCUUGAUCUACGGGUUCUGCCUGCAGUACCGGACGGCCUGGAUCGCACCGAUCCUCGGCAUGGGAAUCUCGUGCUUCGGCCUCCAGAUCAUCACGACCACCACCUACACGUACGCGACCGAUUGCUACAGGCGCGAGAGCAGCGAGGUGGCGCAGCUGUUCAAUUUCGUCCGCCAGGAGAUCGGUAUGACCUUUGCCUUUUACGUCGUCAAGUUGGCCGACAGGAUCGGGUACCAGUGGACGUUCCUCAUGUUUGCGCUGAUCGGCGGCGUGUUGGCUUUCAUCCCGAUGCUCUUUGUCGUAUUGAGAGGCGAGGCGUGGAGGAAGAAGCUGGGAAAUCCAGUGGGCGUGAACGCUUUCGACAGCAUGUUUACGGCGGCGGCGGCGAACAAGCAGGAUAUCAGGGCAGAGAACGAGGAGGGUCAGAACCGCACAGAAGUCUGA